CCACGCCUUUUAACACCUGAUGUGUGUCCCGUCAGAGCCUCGUCUGCCCUCCGGUGACUUCAGGAAGUAGCACACCGACCCCCUCCGCCUAUUGUUGAUCCACCCUGCCGGGAACAGAGAACCGUUCUGACCGAAACGUGGGAAUCCCUUUUUUUGGUUUGUUGUAUUUCAACAUUUUAUCGCCACUCGUAUGCUGUGACUUUCAAUAGUUUAGAAUUACAUCGAUAAAAGUAUCGAAGCUGUAACUCUCUCAAAGGGAGUGAGGUUGUUUGGGAAAGAGGAAACUUUUUUUCAUCCCUGAACGAAUUUCCAUUCCUCCAUUUUGAGGCGUUUUGUUUUUUGGAGCUGGAAAAAGUUUAAGUGUAUUGUCUUUCGAUACCGAGUGAACAUGACAGCCAUAAACACGGCCAACAUCAACUUCAAAUGGGAUCCAAAGAGCCUGGAGAUCCGUACCCUGGCUGUGGAGCGGCUGCUGGAGCCCUUGGUCACACAGGUCACGACCCUGGUGAACUCCAGCAACAAGGGUCCGUCCAAUAAGAAGAAGGGUCGCUCUAAGAAGGCCCAUGUAUUGGCUGCCUCGGUGGAAACCGCUACCUUGAACUUCCUGGAUAAAGGAGAGAAGAUCGCCAAGGAGAGCCAGUUCCUCAAGGACGAGCUCACUGCUGCCGUGGAGGAUGUACGCAAGCAAGGUGAAUCCAUGAAGCAGGCAUCAGGAGAGUUUGCAGAGGACCCCUGUUCCUCGGUAAAGAGGGGUAACAUGGUCCGUGCAGCCAGGGCACUCCUCUCUGCCGUCACUCACCUGCUGGUGCUGGCCGACAUGUCUGAUGUCUACAAGCUGCUGCUGCAACUCAAACUGGUGGAGGAGAACCUGAUGAAGGUGCGUAACGCUGGAACAGAGCAGGACCUGGGCAUACAGUACAAGGCCCUGAAACCAGAGGUGGACAAACUCAACAUGAUGGCUGCCAAGAGACAGCAGGAGUUGAAGGAUGUUCACCAUAAGGAUCGGAUGGCGGCUGCCCGCGGUGUUCUCCAGAGGAACAUCCCCAUGCUCUACACCGCCUCCCGCGCCUGCCUUCAACACCCUGACCUGGCCGCAUACAAGGCGAACCGUGAUCUGAUCUACAAGCAGCUUCAGCAUGCCGUCUCGGGCAUCUCUAAUGCUGCCCAGGCUACCGCCUCGGAUGAGGCUGCCUUCAACCACCCUGCUGGGGGGGGAGAGCUGGCCUACGCUCUCAACAACUUUGAUAAGCAGAUCAUCGUGGACCCCCUGGCGUUUAGCGAGGAGCGUUUCCGCCCGUCUCUGGAGGAGCGCUUGGAGAGCAUCAUCAGUGGCGCCGCCCUCAUGGCCGACUCGUCCUGUACCCGCGAUGACCGGCGCGAGCGCAUCGUGGCCGAGUGCAACUCUGUCCGUCAGGCUCUGCAGGACCUGCUGUCCGAGUACAUGGGCAAUGCUGGCAAGAAGGACAAGAGUGAUGCUCUGAACACUGCCAUCGACAGGAUGACCAAGAAGACUAGGGACCUUCGCAGACAGCUGCGUAAGGCGGUCAUGGAUCACGUCUCUGACUCGUUCCUGGAGACCAACGUUCCCCUGCUGGUUCUGAUCGAAGCGGCGAAGAACGGGAACGAGAAGGAGGUGAAGGAAUACGCCCAGGUGUUCCGCGAGCACGCCAACAAGCUCAUCGAGGUGGCCAACCUGGCCUGCUCCAUCUGUAAUAAUGAGGAGGGAGUCAAGCUGGUCCGUAUGGCCGCUUCCCAGCUGGAGACACUCUGCCCCCAGGUGAUUAACGCGGCGCUGGCUCUAGCUGCCAAGCCCAACAGUAAGGUUGCUCAGGACAACAUGGACCUCUUCAAAGACUCCUGGGAGAAACAGGUCCGCGUCCUCACUGACGCCGUCGACGACAUCACCAGCAUUGACGACUUCCUCUGUGUGUCCGAGAACCACAUUCUGGAGGACGUGAACAAGUGUGUGAUAGCGCUGCAGGAGAAGGAUGUGGACGGGUUGGACCGCACGGCCGGCGCCAUCCGUGGCCGCGCCGCCAGAGUGGUCCAUGUGGUCACGUGUGAGAUGGACAACUAUGAACCUGGAGUCUACACAGAGAAGGUUCUGGAGGCCACCAAGCUACUCACCAACACAGUCAUGCCCAGGUUCACAGAGCAGGUGGAGGCAGCGGUCGAGGCUCUCAGUGCCAACCCCACGCUCCCCGUUGACGAGAACGAGUUCAUCGAUGCCUCCCGCCUGGUCUACGAUGGCGUCCGCGACAUCCGCAAGGCCGUGCUGAUGAUCCGGACUCCUGAAGAGCUGGAUGACUCUGACUUUGAGACGGAGGACUUUGAUGUUCGCAGCAGGACCAGCGUUCAAACAGAAGAUGACCAGCUUAUCGCAGGCCAGAGCGCCAGGGCUAUCAUGGCCCAGCUGCCCCAGGAGCAGAAGGCUAAGAUCGCUGAGCAGGUGGCCAGUUUCCAGGAGGAGAAGAGCAAGCUGGACGCUGAGGUGUCCAAGUGGGACGACUCCGGCAACGACAUCAUUGUCCUGGCCAAACAGAUGUGUAUGAUCAUGAUGGAGAUGACGGACUUCACCAGGGGUAAAGGACCGUUGAAGAAUACCUCUGAUGUCAUCAGUGCUGCUAAGAAGAUUGCUGAGGCUGGAUCCAGGAUGGAUAAACUGGGCCGCACCAUCGCAGACCAGUGUCCAGACUCGGCCUGUAAGCAGGACCUGUUGGCCUACCUGCAGCGUAUUGCUCUGUACUGCCACCAGCUCAACAUCUGUAGUAAGGUGAAAGCAGAGGUCCAGAACCUGGGAGGAGAGCUCGUGGUCUCUGGGGAGGUUUCCCAAGCAUUCCUAGAGAGCCAGGUGGACAGUGCCAUGUCUCUGAUCCAGGCAGCUAAGAACCUGAUGAAUACGGUGGUGUCCACAGUCAAGGCGAGCUACGUGGCCUCCACUAAGUACCAGAAGUCCAUGGCCAUGCAGUCCCUCAACAUGCCUGCUAUCUCCUGGAAGAUGAAGGCCCCAGAGAAGAAACCCCUGGUGAAGAGAGAGAAACAGGAAGAUGGAUCCAACAACAAGGUCAAGAGGUCAUCCCAAAAGAAGCACAUCAACCCUGUCCAGGCCCUCAGCGAGUUCAAAGCCAUGGAUAGCAUCUAGAGACGGAGCAGUCCGUUGGUCAGGGGGGUGGUGAGAGGAGGUGGAGCUACAGGGUUGGGGAUAGCGAGCCAGUUGGAUGGUUGGAGACUCUUUUCUUGUUUUUCUUUUUUGUCUUGUCACAAAAAUAGAAAGAGUGAGAAAAUAAAAAUAAGAAUAAGAAUUGUUUGGAAAUCAUUCCUCCUUUCCCUUCCCUGGUCUAGUCCAGCUGUCCGGUUUGACCUGAUGUCUCUAUACAGACUCACUAAGGUGGACCACUGAGCUCUCUCUCCUCUUAACAGUCUCAUUGUUUCAAUCAAACGACUGCAUUCUGAUUGCUCCGUUUCUGUCCUACCGUAUGACGUCUCUAGGGGGAAAACAAAGCAAAAGGGCCCCACCCCCUCCAUAUACCUUGUUUUGAUUUUAUUCCAAUGUUGGUAUGAGAAGGAUGGUUUCAUUGAUACUGUAAGAUUUAAUUCUGACAGCUAAUCCUUUUUUGACCCCUGACCCCUCUACCCCUAACCUGUGAUGUGAGAUGCCCCCUGUGUAUUUUAUAGAAUUACAUUCUAACAUAUUUUACAAUUGCGUUGACUGGUGGGAGGGUGUGUUGGAGGGUAGUCCACUGUGUGCCGUAUAUCAUAGUGUAGAUCAGACGGGUCUUCCCACUCUGAACCGUCUCUAUUGUCUCGUUACUCUGGUGAAGCUUUGGGUUUUAAGUUUUGUUUCCGUAAAAAAAAAAAAAAAGUUUUUUUUUUUUUUUUCAUCUCGAUGUGUUCUGUCUAAUAAAAGUUUGACGUUUUAGUGGCGUAUCCCUUCAUACUUAUUAUACACUGGCUGGUUUCAACCCUGAAUGCUGAUUGGCUGAAAGCUGUUUGUAUAUCGGACCGUAUACCACGGUUAUGAAGAAUACAUGUGUUUUUACUGCUCUGAUUGGUAACCAGUU